CUGAAUCAGCUGGAGGCAGCCGGAUCGAUCGGAACUGUUUCUGCUAUCCCACAGGCCACAAUACAUGAUAUGGUUCCAUGAUUGCAACAAGCUCAAGCUCUCACAUACGUGCAGAAGACAGCAGCUCAGGUGUCUAUAUAGCGUGGUCAUCAUUUCCCUCCAAUGCUCCAUAAAUCUCCAACCAAGCAGUUCCCCAUUGCUCAGCCAGAAGUCAGAGCCCUAGAGCCUCGAUACUAAACGCUGCCAUUGUUUGCAAUGCCGCCGCCGCCGCUGCCGUCGAUGAGGACGCCGGUGACACGCACGCGUCCCCAGUUGCGUCCUCGUCCGGCGCCAUUGGUUGUGACGACGGCGGCGGUGGUCGUCGUUUCCAUGGUUCUCAUCUCAGUGCUGUGCUGCCAUCCUGUCGCCGCCGAAGACGCGAGUAGAGCGCUGCACUACCACCGGAAGCAACGGAGGCACCACAGCAGGCACCACCGCGCGGAGAACGGCGGCGGCCACAUCGCCCUGCCCCCUGCCCCCGCGCUCCCUCCCGACGUCGACGGCGAUUCUCCGGCCGAGCCGCCGGGUUUGCCUCCGGACGCCGGCGACGCGCGCCGUCGGCACCACAAGUCGUGCUGCCCGCCGUCGCGUCCUCCCACUUCGGUGGCACCGCUCGGCGCACCGGCGCCCGCUCCAGCCAAGCCGCCGCCGAACAAGGCAACCGAGCCACGCUCUCGCGCCAAGCCUCCGUCGAUGCCUCCGGCCAAGCCACCGUCGUUAUCACCGGCGAGGCCGCCGUCACACUCUCCCAGAAAGCCGCCGUCAUUGUCACCCUCGCAUGCCAAACCGACACCCUGCAGUCCGGCUAAGUCUAAGCCACCAAUGCCAUCUCCGGCACGGCCGCCGCGGCUCUCCCCGGCAAGCCCAUCGGCACAUCCUCCGGCCAAGACAUCAAACAGAGCUCCUGCACAGACACCGCGACCCUCCCCUGCAAAGCCACAGCCACCGGUGCCGUCGACGGUCAAGCCACCGCCACUCGCCCCGGCCAAGCCCCCCACGCCAUCGCCAGCCCAGCCACCGCGGCCUUCCCCGGCAAACCCGCCAACAGCUCCUACGGUGACAGCGAAGCCACCGGCGCUCCCUCCAGCAAUGUCAAAGCCAACUCCGCCGCUGCCGCCUGCCAAGGACAGCUCAUCAGCCGUGUUCGACGUGAGGGCGUUCGGGGCGUCGGGCAACGCCUCGGGCGACGACACGCGGGCGUUCCGCGCGGCGUGGAAGGCGGCGUGCUCCUCCAGCUCCGCCGCGGCCACGCUGCUGGUGCCGUCGGACGGCGUGUUCACCAUCACCUCCACCAUCUUCGCCGGGCCGUGCAAGUCCGCGCUGACCUUCCAGAUCGACGGCGUGCUGAUGCCGCCGGACGGGCCGGCGAGCUGGCCGGCGGCGGACAGCCGGAGGCAGUGGCUCGUCUUCUACAGGGCCGACGGCGUGACGCUGGCGGGGAAGGGCACCAUCGAGGGCAACGGCGAGGAGUGGUGGGAUCUCCCGUGCAAGCCUCACCGGGGCCCCAACGGAUCGACGCUGCCCGGACCAUGCGACAGCCCAGCACUGGUACGGUUCGUCCUGAGCAACGACGUGACGGUGCGCGGCCUGCGGAUCGAGAACAGCCCGCAGUUCCACCUCAAGUUCGACGGCUGCGCGCGGGUGCUCGUCGACGGCCUCUUCGUGAGCUCGCCGGCGUUCAGCCCCAACACCGACGGCGUCCACGUCGAGAACACCACGGCCGUCCAGAUCCUCAACUCCAGGAUCUACAACGGGGACGACUGCGUCUCCAUCGGCGCCGGCUGCUCCGACGUCCACAUCGAGAACAUAACAUGCGGCCACGGCCAUGGCAUAAGCAUCGGCAGCCUUGGCGUGCACAACACGCGCGCCUGCGUGUCCAACGUGACGGUCCGGAACGCGCGGAUCGUCGACUCCGACAACGGCCUCCGGAUCAAGACGUGGCAGGGCGGCGCCGGCGCCGUGUCGGCCGUCGAGUUCGCCGGCGUGCGGGUGCAGAACGUCAGGAGCUGCAUCGUCAUCGACCAGUACUACUGCCUCGGCAGCGGGUGCGCCAACCAGACCUCCGCGGUGCGCGUCGACGGCGUCGCCUACCGGGACAUCCGCGGCACGUACAACCCGCGCGCCAGCGCGCCCAUCCGCCUCGCCUGCAGCGACGCCGUCGCGUGCACGGGCAUCGCCAUGUCCGACGUCGAGCUGCUGCCGGCCGGCGGCGGCGGCGCAGGGGCGCGUCUCGCGGAACCCUUCUGCUGGAACGCGUACGGGGUCAUGGAGACGCUCACGGAGCCGCCGGUCUACUGCUUGCAGGAAGGCCGCCCGGAUUCUCUGCAAGAUCAGCUCACGAGUUGCUGAGAUGUGACAUACGUAGUUUUAUUUUCUCUAACGAUAACAAAAUUUCUUCUUUCCUAAUAGGAAACUCUUAUGAUAGUUACAUGCUAACACACUUUGUGCCCAUCAUAUGACAAACCGCCAAUACGUAAACAAUGUGACAAUUACUACUCGAUUGGCAUGCUCCGUAUUCACAAAAUGGAUGCAAAUGAGAACAAAAAUUUUGACAGAAA